AUGAAGCAGCGUGUAUCUUCUAGCUAUGCGGCUUCAGCUACCUCGAUAGCUCUUACGACCGCUGUUAUCUCAACAUGUAUUCUCUGCUGGCUGGACAAAGUGAAUAGAACGGUCGUUGACCCGUAUCUGGAUGAAGUUUUCCAUGUCAGACAGUCGCAGACCUACUGGAGGCAUCAAUGGAGCCAAUGGGAUCCUAAGAUUACUACUCCCCCCGGCUUGUAUUUGCUCUCGUACUUGUUGGGCGCAGUGGGAUUCUUGAUUUCUCGGAAACCUACGAUCCUAUCUGCUUCAUAUCUUCGAUCUCUCAAUGGAUUGGUACUUUUCAAUUCUUUACCAAUUUUGCUCAGGAAUUUAUUAAGAAGCAUCUGGGCAGUAACGGACUCUUCUGUUUCUGAGAAUAGCAAUUUGGUGCCCGAAGAGUCGAACUGGGCAUUCAGUCUCACUGCCCUAAAUAUCUGCCUUUUCCCGCCGAUAUUUUUUUUCUCUGGUCUAUAUUAUACAGACUUAGCCGCAUUGCUUAUUGUACUGGAAGUUUACCGCCAGGACUUAAAGCGACCGAGCUAUUCCAAGAAUUCUCUUUGGAAGACUGUGUUUUCGUACCAGACUGCUCUCUUUACCCUGUCUGGAAUAACUUCUCUGAUAUUCCGCCAAACGAAUAUAUUCUGGGUUGCAGUCUUUCUUGGCGGUCUCCGAGUAAUCAAAACGAUUCGUUCCGUGCACACCGAAACUCAGGUGUCAGCUAUCAACGCUGUUAUCGAAUCUAGCUGGAAGGAUCGAAAACUGUACGAUCCACUUGUUAGUGACGCAGCUUUCGAAGAUUACUUCAAGGCAGGGGUGUCAAUUGGAAUCGCGGCGGCUGCAAAUAUCUGUAUCGUGCUCGCAGAGCUUCUGCCCUACUUAAUGGUCCUUGGGUCUUUUGGACUGUUCGUUCUGUGGAAUGGAAGUGUAGUUCUUGGUUAG